UCAGGAACUGGACUCUCGACUUUCGCAGCUCAGCCAGAGUUGCGAGGAGCUGAAGCAGGAUCUCCUCACAGAGACCCAGCGAAAUGACAACGCCUGCCGCCUCAUCGAAAGCCAAGCCCUCGAGGUGGCGGCCGGCUUGCGUGCGGAGGCCUCCAAGCGCCAGACACAGCUGGAGAACGUGUCGGGGCAGUUGGAGGCGAAGGCGCAGCAGCUGGCCGAGCAGGUCAAUGGCGAGCGAGCGAAGCGGGAGGCUCAGCAGGUGCAACAGGAAGAGCAGUUCAAAGCUUUGAUGGAGAGGCAGAAGGAAAAGCUGGCUGAGAGCUGCAUAGAACAGCUUGCUCAGCUCAAAGAGCAACUCGCCGAGGAGGGCGCUCGCCGUGACCACGACAUCUCCCAGCGGCAGCUGAACCUCCAGCAGCUGCGUGCAGACCUGGCGGAGCUGCAGCAGAGGCAGUCCAUGGACUGUGCACAGCUGCGCAUGAGCUGCGACACCAAGCUGCGUGAGGCAGCAACUUCCUGUGAGGAAUUGAAGGAGGAGCUGCAACGCUUGGAACAGGGUCGCGCCUGCGACCGAGCGGCCCUGGAAGGGGCCAACCGCACGGCAAGGGAGCAGCAUCUAAGUCUGGAAGCUGGACUUCAAGGACUGCAGGAGGACCUCCAGCGCGAGGUGCUGCUCCGGGAGGAGGUGCUGAAGCGCUCGGAGCAGAAACUCCGCGAGGAGGCGAAGCAGCUGGCCGCCGGCGGUCAACAGCUGACGCAGAAGCUGCAAGAACAGCUGCACAACUUGGAGGAGACCAGCAGGCAACGGCUGGCGGAAGAAGCCAAGAGGUCAAAAGCGUCGCUGGAGAAGGUGUCCGCACAGAUGUCUGCCUUGGUGGAGGAUAUGGAGAAGGCGCAGGCUCUCCAACCUGAGCAGACCCAGGAGCUGGCGCGAAGCCUGGCGCAGCUGGAACGGCGCCAGGGCCUGGAGGAGGCACAGCGCCAACAGGGCGCGAUCUCCCUCCAGCGUGCUCUUGAUGCCCUUCGAGACGAUCUCUUGGGGGAGGUGAAGGAGAGGCGGCAACAGGGUGUGGCUGCGACCCAAGAAGUGCAAUCGCUGAUCCGUUCCUGGCAACUGCGGGAGGACAAGUCGGAGGCGGGUCACCAGCAGCUGCUGGCGGAGCUCACAGAUUUGAGGGAGCGCAUUAGCCGCGAGGCCCCACUUCCAGGCCUUCUCUCGGUGGAGUGCUUCGACUCGUUUGUUGGAGGCGACACGGCGGACGGUGGCUCACUCCUCUUCGCGGUGGUCUUUGGCUCCUUAGGCCUUCUCCUCCAAGGGCCUCAGAGCCCAGCGCAGCUCACCCUGCAGAGCCUGGGUGGGACCUUGGGCGCCUACGGCACCGCCACCAUGCACAAGGCAUCGGAGGGCGGCCGAUCGGGCGGCCGCUCCGGCGUCCGGCGCCUGUUGCGGAUCGCGCUGGGCGCCGCGUGCGGCACGGGCUGCAGCGCCGUGGCCUUCACUGCCGAGACUUGGGACCUGGGAGGCCUCUUCGCCUCUGCCAUGCUCACGGCCCUAGGGAGCGUCCUGGUGGCCCUGUCCACGGACCCGGACUACACGUUAGGAGAAGUCUUGGAGACCAUCCUUCAAAAGCCGCCAUGA